UCAUCAUCAGCCAUCAUUCAUUCACUACCUUGACAUUCCAUGGCUUUGAUUGACAGCUGGAGUGGCAAAAAGCCAUGAAACACGACAGUUUGGUUACAUGUGGGUUGCUGACGGGCCGAUCGUAACCUUCAGUGUGGUGCUUGGUGACUUUUAUGUUUAUUUUUUUUUAAAAAAAAUACCAUCAUAUUUUUUUUACGUAAAAGAAGAAAAAAAGGAAAGACACAGAAAAGGGAAAUAAAGAAGAGCUCGCUGGGGAAACAGACAAACUCUACGUGGUUUAUUUUUCCCUACUUUUUAUUGUUAUAACGAUUGUCUUUAUGAAUAUUUACGCGCAUUGGAGAACUCUAUAAGUGGGUCUGACAAACAAGGGAAAAAGGGAUUUUUUUUUCUUCCUUUCCUUCUUCUUCAGUCACUUUGUUGGUGUUGUUACUGGACUGGGAUAUUAAAUAUAGGACACGUCCCGGAGUUUAUUGGAGCGCAGACUGAUGGCGCAAAGGCUUUUCCCCCAACAGCGCGAUUUCCCUGCUCCUCUCUAACUGCUCAGUGGCGCGCGGUUUACAGGGGGGAAGGUUUGCCUGCUGCUGCUGCUGCCGCCGCCGCCGCCGCUUCUGCUGCUGUGGCUGUUGCUGCCGCUGCCUGGGAAAUACAGCUACAGUUGCUGCUUGGUUUAUCUCUGAUUUUGACAAGGACGAGGGGGAAUUGCGACUAAAUAAUGUUUCUGUACGAUGAGCUGCCUCAUUACGGCGGGAUGGACGGAGUAGGGGUACCUGCUUCCAUGUAUGGAGACCCUCACGCUCCCAGGCCGAUCCCCCCAGUACACCAUUUGAACCACGGGCCGCCACUGCAUGCCAGCCAGCAUUAUGGAGCCCAUGCCCCGCAUCCCAAUGUCAUGCCGGCCAGCAUGGGAUCGGCUGUCAAUGACGCCUUGAAGCGGGACAAGGAUGCAAUCUAUGGGCACCCGUUGUUCCCUCUGUUAGCUCUGGUCUUUGAAAAGUGCGAGCUCGCCACCUGCACUCCCCGAGAGCCCGGAGUGGCCGGCGGAGACGUCUGCUCCUCCGACUCCUUCAACGAGGACAUCGCCGUCUUCGCCAAACAGGUUCGGGCAGAAAAACCACUUUUUUCUUCAAAUCCAGAAUUGGAUAAUUUGAUGAUACAAGCGAUACAAGUCUUAAGGUUUCAUCUUUUGGAAUUAGAAAAGGUUCAUGAAUUGUGUGAUAAUUUCUGCCAUCGGUACAUUAGCUGUCUGAAAGGCAAAAUGCCCAUAGACCUAGUUAUUGAUGAAAGAGAUGGCAGCUCCAAAUCUGACCAUGAAGAACUCUCAGGAUCAUCCACAAAUUUAGCUGACCAUAAUCCUUCCUCUUGGAGAGAUCAUGAUGAUGCAACGUCAACACACUCAGCAGGCACACCAGGGCCUUCCAGUGGGGGCCAUGCUUCCCAGAGUGGAGACAACAGCAGUGAGCAAGGAGAUGGUUUAGACAAUAGUGUAGCUUCUCCGGGCACAGGUGAUGAUGAUGAUCCAGACAAGGAUAAAAAGCGUCAAAAGAAAAGAGGAAUCUUCCCCAAAGUAGCAACAAAUAUCAUGAGAGCAUGGCUUUUCCAACAUCUCACGCAUCCAUAUCCUUCAGAGGAGCAGAAGAAACAGUUAGCCCAAGACACAGGACUUACAAUUCUACAAGUAAACAACUGGUUUAUUAAUGCCAGAAGAAGAAUAGUACAGCCUAUGAUUGACCAGUCAAAUCGAGCAGGUUUUCUUCUUGAUCCUUCAGUGAGCCAAGGAGCAGCAUAUAGUCCAGAAGGUCAACCCAUGGGAAGCUUUGUAUUGGAUGGUCAGCAACAUAUGGGAAUCCGGCCUGCAGGACCUAUGAGUGGAAUGGGUAUGAAUAUGGGCAUGGAUGGGCAAUGGCACUACAUGUAACCUUCACCUUGUAAACCAAUCACAAAGCAAGGGGAAAGUUUGCAAGGCAUACCAGGGGACUACAUAUCUCAGGGUGGUCCUAUGGGUAUGAGUAUGACACAAUCAAGUUACACUCCUUCCCAGAUGACCCCUCAUCCUACUCAAUUAGAACAUGGAUCCCAAUCCAUUCAUAUUUGCCAAGUCACCCCAUCACCCAGCCAUGAUGAUGCAUGGAGGACCCUUUACCCAUCCUGGAAUGACAAUUUCAGCACAGAGCCCCCCACCAUGUUAAAUUCUAUAGAACCAAUGUUGGUGGACAGCUUAUGGACAUUCAUGCCCAAAUAGUAUAAAGGAACUCAAGGAAAAAUAUUUUAAAACUUGCAAACUUUGACCAGAUGUUGACACUUCAUACGCAAUUCCAGACAGCUGUGAUUAUUUUUUACUUUUAUCAUUUUUCAUUAACAACAGAGGACCAAUGGAAACAAGAACAGAAAUAUGAAAUCAUGGGCACACUGAAAAGAAUUUAUGUCCAUGUAAAGAUCCUCUGGGAAAAAAAAGACUCCAAGAGUUAUAACUACUGUAGUAUAUAAACAUAGGAAUUAAGUUAACUUGUAUAUUUCUGUUGAUCACUCCGUUAUGUUGCCUCAAAUAGUUUUAGAAGGAAAAAAAUAUCCUUGUUUUCCACACUAUGUGUGUUGUUCCCAAAAGAAUGACUGUUUCGGUUCAGCAGUGAAGUCGCUAUCCCUGAAAGAAAACAAUAUAUUUCAGACCUCUUUGGCCAGUGAGAAAAGAACUAACCUGGAGAUGAAGACAGAAUUUUGCUGGAUCUUCCAUCAUUCAGAAGAUAAUUCCGUAAAGGCCUUGCCAUCCCCUGGUUCUGUUCCUUCAUAAAUGUGUCCUUUAGUUUCAAACAGAUCUUUAUAGUUUGUGCUUCGUAAGCCCAAGAUAUUUUUGGACUCUUUUUUCAAAGAGCCUGCUAGUGAAGAUUUAAAAAACAGAGCAGGAGCUUCUUUUAGUAAUUCUGAGUCUUGGCUUUGGACAAGAUAAAUCUGAAGGUUGGGCAGCUUUCCUUAAGAAAAAAGAUAUUAAUGGUCUUUGCACCAAACCUAGAACUCUAUGAUGAACUCAAAGCUUGAGAAAAAGCAAGAGAAUACUGUAACAAACUUCGUACAGAGUUCAGUCUAUUAAUUGUUUCAUGUUAGAUAUUCUAUGUGUUUACCUCAACUGAAAAAAAAAAGAAUGUUUUUGCUAGUAUCAGAUCUGCUGUGGAAUUGGUAUUGUAUGUCCAUGAAUUCUUCCUUUCUCAGCACGUGUUCCUCACUAGAAAAAAAAUGCUGUUACCUUUAAGCUUUGUCAAAAUUUACAUUAAAAUACUUGUAUGAGGA